AACAUCUUUAAUAUGCAUGCAUUACCAUUUCAGGCGUUCAAUUGUACUUCCUUUCCAUUUUAGCUAAAUAGUACUCACUUGUACUUACCAUUGCCUUGAAAUUUUCAGGUAUUCUAUUUUUUUGAGGUACAAAGUUUCUGGAAAGCAGGACAGUUAUUAUAUUCAUGACUUGAAGAAUAUGUUGAUUUUAUUUAUAUUACUAACAAAGGUGGUGGUGGUAUGCUUUCUCUUUUAGGAACCAUAUGCUCCUAUAUGUUAUAUUUUAUCCUCUAAAUUUCCAUUAUCGGCUGUUAUUAUUUUUCUGAGUAUUUAUGAUGGGCAUAAUCAUGGAUCGUCGAUAGGUGUGAAUUUAUGCCAGUAUCUCCUACAACAUUAUCGAAAUAAUGUUGGCCCUGUAAAGAUUCUUCGACCUUCCAAUGCUUAAAGACUUGACUUUAAAAUGUUAUACUAGUAUACUCCCCCUGGCAGCCCAUAUUCCCUGUGCUUUUUUAAUCUGUAUAAUUUUUGUUAGUAUCUUCCACUUUAUUUUAUUUUUUUUAUUUUUCAAAUUUAUUUUAUAUUGUUGAUUGAGAUGGUUUGGAAGCACAGCGAAACCUUCUCAAUAUAAUAUUGAAAACCUCAACACCAUUAGCCAACUUGUUUAUCUAGUAUAGACUUGUAUUUACUACAUAUUGAAAAGGACCAUUGCUCAUUGGCCUUCCUUCAGGAUAUGGUCUUGGUAUAUAAGCUGGCAGAGCCUCCAUUUAAAGUUUUGCGGAAUAACAUAAGAAAAUUUUUUGUGGCAGAAACAUUAUUACAACUUUAUCAUAGUGGCGUUGCUUAUCUUUCUGCUUCAUUUUUUUAAUUGAUUUUGCGUGUGUUCUGCGUAUGGCUCCUUUUUAAAUGUAAUUCACAGACACAAGGAUUGAUAUUUACAAUCUGUUUUGUUAUAUUAAGCAGUUUAGAGAUAAAGAAGUUCUUGGCGUUGUCUUUGUUUUGAGUAGGUGAUUUUUUUUAGUUCUUUCAAGUCAUUAUAAAUGAGCAAUCAAAAGAUUGACUAUCGGGAACAAGUUCAGCAGACUAAUGGGGUUAUUAAUGAUUGUAUGAUAGAAAUUGGGAGCCGGGACUCCCAGUUUAUUAGUGUUCGGCAGCCUUGGAACAUGGGUUCUUGCAUGGGAGGAGGAGGGGUAGAGUCGCAGCCUCAGAAUAUUUUGCCUGCUAAUCUUUCAAGCACUGUUAUAAGCCGCUUUGGAUCACCAGUCCCUGAUUUCUCUACAGCUGAACGAUAUGGUAGCCUUCCUUAUGCUCACCAAAUCAGCAGCCCAACCUUUUCUUCUCAGUGCUCAAAGAAUUAUGAUUUGGAAUAUCGAUCGUUUCCAUGUUCUACAGAAGGAUUUUCUGCUCAAUUAGCAGAACAAGACGCGAAUGAAUUACAAUCCAGAACUACGUUGGAAACAGCUGCAAAAUCUCUACUUUAUGGUGAUCAGAGUCAAUUUUAUGCUUCGGGUAAAACUUAUGCUAGUCCAUGUGGCAACUUCCAAGAAAGUGAGCAUAUUCAGCAGCUGAAGAAUAAGUUGCUUGUUGAUUAUGCUAAUUCAGAUGGCAGAAACUAUAUUUUUCCUAUAAAUGAGAAGCAGGAUUUUAGAAUAUUGGACAAAUCUUAUGAAUCUCCUCAUGGUCAUUUCAGCUUUUCCUCUCAAGGAGAAAAACAGGUGCUUAGACCUCUAGGGGUUUUGCCCUUGAAUUCUGGCAAUUCUUUCUCGUCUGGAGCUGCUAUUUCAAGCAAAACGCGAAUUAGAUGGACUACGGAACUUCAUGAGAAAUUUGUGGAGUGUGUGAGCCGUCUUGGUGGGGCUGAUAAGGCAACCCCAAAGGCAAUUUUGAAACUAAUGAACUCUGAUGGAUUGACCAUCUUUCAUGUCAAAAGUCAUCUACAGAAAUAUCGAAUUGCAAAAUACAUGCCCGAUUCUACUGAAGGAAAAUCAGGAAGGAGUGGUAGCAGCUUGAAUGAUGUUACACAAAUUGACAUUAAAGAUGGCGUGCAACUCAAAGAGGCCUUGUCACUUCAACUGGAUGUCCAAAGGCGUCUCCAUGAACAAUUAGAGAUUCAGCGGAAUUUGCAGUUGAGGAUAGAAGAGCAAGGAAGACAGCUGAAAAUGAUGUUUGAUCAGCAACAGAAGACAAGGCAGACUCUUUUAGGAGAUCAAAAUUCAGAUAACAUGUCUCCAAAUGGCCCCACGUUUAGCCUCGAUGAUGUUCAAGUUUCAAGUGAAGAAGGUUCAGGAUGUAACAACUUCCAAACCAAGACUAGUUAGCUUAUUAACCAACCUAAUGCAGCCUCAUUUUCCCAUUCCUCACUCUUAAAGGAUUGAGAGCCAUGCAUAUUGCUGCUAAAGGCCGGAGCUACGAUUUUCAAAUCGAGUGGAUUCAAAUGCUUUGGAGGUGGAAAAGUUGGGGUCGCGCUACCUAUGAUCAAAGUGGCGAUGAUGGCAUGCUUUGUACUGUGUUGCUGAGUGUAGCUUAGUGCUCAUCUUGUCAAGCCAACAUGUUUUUGUUGUCUUUAGUUUAACGUUCCCCUCUUUCUUUACUUUUGCUUCAUAUUAGGGUACCUUUAUUUUUAGUCACAAGCUUAAGUUUGACAUAAGAAGUACAGAAUUAGUUCCUUUUCGAUUUAAGGUAGCAAAAUGUUUGUGACAGCCAGUUCUUUUAUUUAUUACAUAAUGAUUACUUAUCUUUGCAAA